UUUUAUUUCUCAGUCCUUUUUUUUCAAAACCCUCGAACUCUGAGAGAAUGAGCGCCAAGCCGCAUUGCAUUGACAUCCCCGACACCAACCAGGGCCUUGCGCUCGACCUCUUCACCAUCCCGCACCACUACAAGGACGCCGUCAGCUCUGUGCUGAUCUCGCAUGGUCAAAUCCUCGACCGCGUCGAGAAGUUGGCGCAAGACAUUACGCGCGACGUUGGCCAGAAGCACCUCAUUGCCAUCUGCGUGCUCAAGGGCGGUCACCAGUUCUUUGCCGAUCUGCUGCUCCACAUGAAGAAGUUCAACUCGCGAGAGGGCUCUGCGCCGCUGUCAAUCGACUUUAUUCGUGUCAAGAGCUACCACAAUGAUCAGUCGACUGGUACGGUGACCAUCACUGGUGGAGAUCUCGAGUCCAUUCGCGGCAAGGAGGUGCUCAUUGUGGAGGACAUUAUCGACACUGGCAAAACCAUGACCAUGCUGCUCAAGGAGCUGGAAAAGUACGAGCCCGCCAAGGUGCGUGUCGCAAGCCUUCUGGUCAAGCGCACGCAUCUGAGCAACGGAUACGUGCCUGACUAUGUCGGCUUCUCGAUUCCCGACAAGUUUGUUGUUGGCUACGCUUUGGACUAUAACGAGUGGUUCCGUGAUCUUGAUCACAUUUGCAUCAUUUCUGACGUCGGCAAGACCAAGUAUGCCGCUUAAACACAAGUCAAAAAAAGCAAACAACAAAACCGUUGGCUUUUCUACCAGUCCACUGCCACUGUGUCACCUUUGUACUGUCACAAACAGAAGCCACCGCAAUACAGUAAUUCCUGCAUAA